CGCGAUGCAGAAAGCGAGACGCUCCAAAGCUUAAACUACGAGUGGGACAGGAGUGCCUUCCUUGCAGCACACUUCUUUUCACCACUGCAGCUUCGACCUUCCACUUUGAACGUCAACACCUGCCAAUUGUACUUUCCAGGCUGCAAACAUGACAUCUGUAAGACUUGGAAAGAGGACUCGGAGCUCCGAGGAAACGAAAUCGACACUCAGUCUCGACUUCUCAGUAAAGCGGGCACGGCGGACACCCAGGAAGACCACCGAGAAGGAGCAAAUUGCCAUCCACGAUUCUGAAAAUGAGGAGAAUGAACAGCCGGAAUAUGGCUCGCAGGGGGGGGACAAGUCGACGCCUAAAACAUCCCGAUCGAGACGGACCUCGAUUGCGAGCACGGUCAAGAGCUACAAUGUUGCUCCCGUCACUCCUUCGACGCCGCGCCACUAUGAUGUCUUCGCCCGGGGCACGACGACACCCCGUCACCGGGUCAUGUCUGUCGGCAGACUCUCGAAGCGGAUGACACCCCAAUCUCCCCUGACUCCAAGCACACAACAAACAGUCUACCACCAGGCGAGACAACUCUUUUCGCGCAGCGCAGAUCCCGGGGAAUUGAUCGGACGCGACGAGGAGCGCACGCAACUGCAACAGUUCCUUGAACGAUGCAAGACCUCUCGGCCGAGCGGGUGCCUCUACGUCAGCGGCCCCCCCGGAACAGGAAAGAGCGCCAUGGUAAACAGGAUCACUGAGGAGGCGGUAUCGGAGUCGGGUUGCAUCCGAAAGGCGUACAUCAACUGCAUGAGCAUCAAGUCGUCGAAGGACUUGUACAUCGCAUUGUUGGAGCAACUUGCCGGCGACACCGACAUGUCGGAAAGCGACAUUGUGGAGGCCUUGCAGAAGCUGUUCCUGCAGAAGAAGACAACUGAUGUCUUCUUGGUCGUGCUGGACGAGAUUGACCAUAUCCUGACAAUGGACCCCGAGAGUCUCUACCGAGUAUUUGAGUGGGCCCUGCGACCAACCUCAAGGCUCACCCUCGUCGGCAUCGCCAACGCGCUGGACCUGACUGACAGGUUCCUCCCGAGACUCAAGUCACGAAACCUCAAGCCGGAGCUUCUCCCGUUCCUGCCCUACACCGCACCACAGGUGAAGCGGAUCAUAACGGAACGCCUCAAGAGCCUCGCCCCCAAGGGUGCUUCAGCCGACUUCAUCCCUUUUUUCCACCCGGCGGCCAUCGAGCUCUGCUCUCGCAAGGUCUCCAGCCAGACCGGCGACCUGCGCCGGGCGUUCGAGAUCUGCCGACGGGCCCUCGACCUAGUCGAGAACGAAACCCGCCUCAAGCACGAAAACGAAGUCAAAGAACAGAUUCUGCUCAUGAGCCCCUCCCGCAAGGUGCUGGGCGAGAACCGUAAUCUCGCCUCCUCAUCGGCACGUCCCUUCCUCGGGACACAAUCCAUCUCAACCGCCCUCCACAAAUCCCUGCAGACCCUCACAGUCGAGACCGCCCCGCGCGUGACCAUCGCCCAUCUCAACAAAGUCACAGCCGCCGCCUUCAGCAACGGCGCCAGCCAGCGCCUGAAGACCCUCAACCUGCAGCAGAAAGCCGCACUGUGCUCGCUGCUGGCCAUCGAAAAGCGGAACCGCUCCGUCGCCCAAACUCCAUCCUCAUCCUUUUCUUCCUCUUCUACACCGACAACCCCUUCCACCAAGACACGAACAUCGGUGUCGGCACCGACAGUCAAGACGCUCUACGAAGCCUACUGCACGCUCUGCACGCAGGACUCGCUCCUCCACCCGCUCUCGAGCUCCGAGUUUCGCGAGGUGGCGAGCAGUCUCGAAACACUGUCCCUCAUCACGCCCGUGGACGGCAAGACCGGGUCGUUUGUCGCCGUUCCGGGGGGCACGGCGACACCUACCAGCGGCCGCGGAAGGGGCAGGAAGAAGGACGUUUUCGCCUUUGGGGCCGGCGGAAGCGGGGGUUUGUUGGGGGACGAGAAGAGGGUGGCCAGCUGUGUCGGGGAAAAGGAGAUGGAGACGGCUGUGGAGGGCAUGGGGGCCGGCAUUCUGAGGAGUAUCCUGAGCGGAGAGGCAUUGGAUUGAACCCCUCUGCCUGAUCUUGUGGUUCCGGCGUCUGUUUGUCUGGUUUGGGGUUUUACUUUUUAGACGGGGUGUGUGUUUUUGGUAUGGGCCGGAUGCAUGCAUGGCAUAGCCUGGUUGCGGCAUUGUGUUGGCGUUUAUGGUGUUUGGGCUACUAUCCAUACAGUAUGGAUAGGCGUUCAGGGAGGGGUGGACUGACACUUGCGGACGUACCUGUUACUCGGCUGGUCUGUUGGUUUGACUGACAUUGUUACUGUGCGCCGCCGCCCUUGGGUGUAGGGGAAU